GGCUACCAUAGAAGAGGUCUAUGCCAGGUCAAUGACCAAACUUGCCAAGUCAGCUGGCAACUUCUCUCAGCUUGGGUAAGACACACACACACAUUAUGUUCUUCUAUCCUUCUGGGGACCUAAAAUUAAUUUCCAUUCAAAAUCCUAUUUUCCCUAAACCUUACCUUAACCCCAAAGCUUAAAAUAGUAUUUGUCCUCAUGGGGAUGUGGGAAAUGUCCCCACAAGAAGAAUUUUCCUUGUUUUACUAUCCUUGUGGGGACUUUGGGGAUUUUAGGUCCCCACAAGGAUAGAAGAACACACACACACACACACACACACACACACAGAGAGUCAGGUCAGGUGAAGAGGGAUGAGUUUGUAUUCCAUAUCAACCCUCCCUAUUUAAGGAUAAGACAAGUCUGAAUGAAUGCUCUACUGAACACACUCCAGUUAAUAAAGUGUGUGUGCACGUGUCCUGCAGGACAUUUGCCCCGGUGUGGGAUGUGUUUAAGACGUCCACAGAGAAGCUGGCCAGCUGCCACCUGGAGUUAGUGAGGAAGCUACAGGAGCUCAUCAAAGAUGUGCAGAAGUAUGUGGAUGACCAGGCCAAGGUCCACAAAAAGGUAUGGCAUGGAGAACUGCACACAACAACACACUAAUAUAUAUUUUUUCAAAAGCAACUUUGUCAUAUGUGCAUACAUAUGCAUUUUGAAUGUAUGAUUGGAGCCGGGAAUCGAACCCACUAUCCUGGCAUUGCAAGCGCCAAAGCCAUGCCUUACCAACUGAGCUUCAGAGGACCUCUACUUUGUUCCUUUAGGCAUCAGCUAGUCUGUCCUUGCUGGUUCCUGUGCUCUGUAUGCCUGUGUGUUUGUACUGUUUGUCUGGGUAGGCUGCUGCUGGGGACAAACCUAUGUUCACCCUCUGAAGGUCAAUAAAGUUGAUUCCUUUCAGUCACCGCUAUGGGGAAGAGUUUUAGUAGAGUGAUUCUACUGAUUCUGGAGAGAAUGCGUGUGUUCUGUUGGAGAUUCACUGUCCUGCCUGGAGUAGCCACACUGUGUAGCUGUUGAGCUUUAUCAGUCUCGGUCUUCCCUCCCUGCUUGUGGAGUCAGCCGGAUCUGACCCAUCUUCCAGUUAACGCGUAAUGUGUUUACCCGUUCUGAGUUCUAUUGGCUUUUAUUGAUUCUGUUAUAGAAAAUGGCCCAUCCUGAAUGAUCUCACCACGAUCAGCUUGCAGACAUGAUCUCACUACUUUAGAGUAGCCUUAUAAAGGAACCAGGAGGUUCUGCUUUUGAUGAAUCAUUUCAUUUCUCUAGAGAGUAACAAAGCAUAGCUGUGUUUGAUCAGUCUGUUAGCCUGCCAAAGUCUGCUGAUCUGCAGUAGCUAGGCUAGUCGAUGCUGUCGUGCCAGGGCUGUGGUUUGAAGCAUGCAUUUUACACACUUCUCUCCCUGCUCUAGUCAGACUCCCGAGUGGCGCAGUGGUCUAAGUGGUUCGAAUCCAGGCUCUGUCGUAGCCGGCCGCGACCGGGAGACCCAUGGGGCGGCGCACAAUUGGCCCAGCGUCGUCCAGGGUAGGGGAGGGAAUGGCCGGCAGGGAUGUAGCUCAGUUGGUAGAGCAUGGCAUUUGCAACGCCGGGGUUGUGGGUUCGAUUCCCACGGGGGGGGGCCAGUAUGAAAGUUCUCAAUCUAACUAACGAAACAGUGACUGUGAAUUAGCAGCAGAGACGUGUUUGUGCUUUCAGCAUAACAAAAGUGGUGUCACACACAGCGCCUAUCUCUCUCUCUCUCUUCAUGUGAAUAUGUGGUUUUAACCAAUCUCUUCUAUUUUAAUGAUCUUUGUUGCCAUUAAGUGGUUUCAAUAAAUGGCUUUUCAAGCUACACUAAAAUGAAUGUGUUUUGAAAUUGUUUUAAUGGUUGUUGUCUUACCCCUCCCUCUGUCUUGUUCAGACGAAGGAGGAAGUGGCAUCCACUAAUGGGGCAGUACAGACCAUCCAGACGACCGGGGUGGCCUUACAGAAGUCCAAGGAGAACUACAACGCCAAAACUGUGGAGCAGGAGAGACUCCGCAAGGAGGGAGCCACACAGAGAGAAGUGGACAAGGUACACUACACUAGACUUAAGUACACUAGACCAAGCUACUCUAGGAGAGAGCCACAAAGACGAUGUGGACAAGGUGGGAGUGUGGGGAAAUCACGGGUAGACAACAGAAGAUCGGAAGUGGGCAGCUGUAGGUUCCCAAUACCUCAUAUCACUAGCCCAUUCUCUGUCUCCAUUUCAGCGAGAUCUUACAACCCAGUCUGUCAUUAUGUACAUUCGUAAUAGUAACGCCAGAAGAUCCGUUUACUGCCCCAAUCUGUUUCUGAAUCACAUACUGUAGUAGUUUGGUGUCUCUGCUCUGGUGAGAUCUGUUGCUCCAUAGAGGAAUGAUGGUGACCCAUGAGAACACAUGGCCAUUUUCCUGUUGUCCGUCUGUCUCUCUGUGUUUCUGCAGGCGGGAGUGAAGGCCAAGAAAGCCACAGAAGCCUACAAGGGCCUUGUGGAGAAAUACGCCACAGCCAAGUCCGAGUUUGAACAGAAGAUGGCUGAAACUGCACAGGUGUGGGUUUGUGUGAUUUAGUUAUUCUGUGCACUUUCUAGUACCACAGGAGAAUGUGGUUGUGUGUUUCUUUUUUUGUGUGUGUGGUGUACUGUACUCUUAUGUGCUUUGUGUGCAUGUUCUAAGGGCCUUGCUGUGUGUGUGUGUGUCCACCGCUCAGUAUUCCGUGCUGUGUGUGUUCUGCUUUCCAUGCCCUUUAUCAUCUUUAAAGCUUGUUUUUUCCUCCCUAACGGAAUCAUUGUGGAAAACUCUGAUUGGAACCAUCUGAACGACUGAUUAGAUAAACUCCAAAUUAAAAUCAGAUCAACAGAAUUUGGCCCUCCAUAUACUCCUGCACCGCAGCGAGCCACACAGCCAAACUGGUUUGAGUUAGGGGAGCGUUUCUGUUUUCCCCCAGAGAAAACAGCAGGACAGCUCUGCUUCCUAAGAUCACAGUCUACGGCUCAUCUCAAAUUCAACACGUUCACAUGACUUAGAAGCACGGCGCGGGCACAUGUGUUCUGUGACGUCACUUGCAUGUGUGUGUUUCGGGUUUGUGGCUCUUAUCUGUCUGUCUGACUCUGUCUGAGUGUGUCUGGAGGCUGACGUGAAUGCUGGGGGUUUAUGCAUGUGUGCUCAUCUGUGAAUGAACUCUGUGUGUCAUGUGUUUGUGUGUGUACACUAAAUGUGGUAGUGUUUGCUGGCGCAAUCAUGGAUGUGUGUGUGUGAGAGAAUAUGAAAUUGCCUAUAUCUAUGCUUGUGCACAUUUUACGAGCUUGUGAGCGUGUGUGUGUGUUUAUGCGGUCAUGCACGCUCAUCUUCCCCUCUAGCCACGCUGUGAAUUUGCAGUUUUAUGAUUAUUUAUAGUCAUUCUCCUCGGUUUACCCCAAACUCUCUUCAGCCAGAGCCAGCCCUAGAUGGGAGUAAACACCAGCAUUUAGAGCCCAGCCACACACACACACACACACACACACACACACACACACACAGAGACCGCUCCAAACCCAGAGACCAGAGAUGAGCCUGCUCCGUGUAUCUCAUGGCUGGCCCACCCUGGAUAAUUGGCACCUUGUGCUCCAGGGGGAUCUGUGUUGGUGUGCCUUCGUUUCCAGACCACCCAAAUAGAGACAACACACACAAGAAGGAAGUGGCCAGGGCACAAAGAGGAAGUCUUUAGGGAAAUGUAUGCAUGUGUUUUUAUGAAUCCAAGAGUAAUCCUCCUGCGCGGUGUUUCCUGCAUUGGACACGGUGCACAUGUUCUGUUGUACACAUACUCUUUGAAUUCCUCUUUUCGUAACCCGUGACAGAGCCCAGAGUUUUUCCUGACCUGGCCUGACCAGGAAAAAAUAUGUGUCUUAGUUAUAUAGGUUAUCUAUAAGCUACACACAUGCACACCAAGGCACAUUGAUGCUGUUCUGGUGGCCCGUGGUGACCUAACGCCCUACUAAGACACUUUAUGUUGGUGUUUCCUUUAUUUUUUUUAACCUUUAUUUAAGCAGGGAGUCAUGCUGAGACCACGGCCUCUUUUGCAGAUGAGCCCUGCAUCAACACAUCAAUAAACAACAAUUACACUAUAGGCUACGUAGCCUAUCUAUAUACACAUCAAUUACACAAUACAUGGAAAGCAAACACGAAAAGCAAAACACAAUCGUAUGAAACAAACACAUUCUUCAGUAAAAAGGCCCUCGAACAGCUGCCUGAAUUGCUUUAGAGGCACCAGCUCCACCAACUUUAAGGAGUUUUGGAAUUCAUUCCACAUGAGAGGCGCAAAAAAAACUAAAAGCAGAUUUACUUCACUCGGUGGAGAUUGAAUGGAUCUCCAGGGUUAGCCAUCCCUGAGUUCGGGUCUGGUAACUUAUACGUCUGAAGGUUAACAUGAGGUAAGGUAUGGCCGAAGUUUAUGCAAGAGUGCUUUAUAGACAUUGAGUGUGCAACACAUCAAUAUACUAGUCUUUUAAUAUACCUGCUUUCUGCAGGGCAAUAAAGGCUUAUUGAAGCUCUGAUAUAGCCUGAUCAGCUGUGGGGGCAAUAGUAUACACCACAUUGUCAUCUGCAUACAAGUGAAAGUUAGUUUUUUUUACAGAUAAACCAAUAUUGUUCAUGUAAAUAGUGAAAUGAAUCUGACCAAGAAUCGAUCCCUGUGGAAUACCCUUUGUUAUGUCCAGAAAACCUGAUUUAACACCACCAGUAAAUACACACUGUGUUCUGUCCUUUUUUAAAUAAUGUUCAAACCAGCUACACACAGUCAGGUCCAGGCCAAUUGAUGAAAGCCUCUGAAUAAGUAAUGAGUAGUCCACAGUGUAUCUCUAUUUGCACAUCCUCUUCUGCACAUCUAGCAUUCCAGUGUUAAUACUAAUUGUAAUUAUUUUGCACUAUAGCCUAUUUAUUGCCUUACCUCCAUAACUUGCUACAUUUACACACACUGUAUAUAUAUGUAUUUCUGUUGUAUUUUUGACUUUGUUUUGUUUUACCCCAUAUGUAACUCUGUGUUGUUGUUUUUAUCGCACUGCUUUGCUUUAUCUUGGCCAGGUCGCAGUUGUAAAUGAGAACUUGUUCUCAACUGGUUUACCUGGUUAAAUAAAGGUGAAAUUAAUUUUUAUUUAUUUUUUUAAGUGUCAAAGGCUUUAGAGAGGCCAAUAAAAAGGGCCGCACAGUGUUUCUUCUUAUCCAAACAAUUAAGAACAUAAUUUAAAACCAAAGAAGUAGCAGAAAUGGUUAUAUGACCUGGUCUGAAACCUGACUGGUGUAUAUUUAGUAUAUAUUUCGUAGAUAAAUAGAAUUAAGUUGAGUAUUUACCAAGGAUUCUAUAAUUUUUGCUAGGCAAGACAGUUUGGAAAUGGGGCGAUAAUUAUUUAGGUCACACGGGUCACCACCUUUCUGAAUGGGGGGAGUGUAUAUAUAUUUGCAGACCCAAGGGAUGGUACCUGAAAUAAUUGUAUGGUUAAAAAUAUGUGUUAAGAUUCUGCGAUCAGAGGAGCAGAAAGCUAAAGCAAGAAAUGAUCAAGUAAAUCAGCCCAAUCAGAUUCUUUUUACGUCCAUCUUUCGCAAGGCGUCUAACACAUCACAAAUAGAAAGUUGUUGAAAUGAAAAUAAAGAUUCACUAGAGGCUGGGAGAGGGGCAGGUAGACAACUGGACCUGCAGCUUAAAGGACAAUUCCACCCAAAAACGAUAUUUUGGUAUUUGUUUCAUUAGUCCCAUUGUUGAUAUAGUCAAAAUUCAUUAUUAUACCGGCUGUAUUUUGAAAGUCAGAUGAGCUCUUGGAUACCAUUUUUAUGUGUCCAGUGUGAAGGAAGUUUGAGGUCUCCAGUCAUUGCGCUAACUCUAGUUAGCAUUGGCUCGUGAAACUACCUCUAACUUCCUUCAUACUGGACACUGAGACAUAAAUUGGUAUCCACAAGUUCAUAUGACUAUGGGGAAGUAUAUAAAGGGCCUCAUUGCCAAAAUCCUGAAGUAUCUCGUUAAGCUGCAGGUAACUGCAUAUUUACUCCAAUGGACUGCCUGCCCCAUCACCCAGCCUCUAGUGAAUCUUUGUUUUCAUUUCAACAAUUUUCUACGUGUGAUGUGAUAGACGCCUUGCGCAAGAUGGAUGUAAAAAAAAACAAAAAACACUUCCACUGGGGCUGUUUUUCCUGAUCAGGUCAAAGGUCAGGGAAAACUCUGGGUCCUAACUCUUCUACUGGCAUAUUUGUUUUCCUGUAGUUUAGGUACACCUAAGUGUAAGUGGCUGAUUUGCAUAUUUACUCCUUUGUGUUUUUCUUUCUGUGUUCAAGAAAUUUCAGGACAUCGAGGAGAGCCACAUCGUUCACAUGAAGGAUAUCAUUCAGUCGUACGCACAAUCUGUUGACGAGACACACGUUCAGAUCGGAGAGGUGAGUCAACACACACACACAUACGUGCAUUCACACACACACAUUCCUGUGGGCGGGGUUGGGUUUGUGUCCUGUCCCCUUGCUCAGUGGGUUCACUGUGUGUCAGAUGAAUUAGUGGAGUCUUUGAUCACUCUAAUCGUUUAACUGAGAACCAGGAAGCCUUCCAUUCAGCGGUUUAUACCAACCAAUUAAAAACUGAUCUAAACUCCCUCUCAACCAAUCUAAAACACCUUCAACAUGCAACCAGAGGCACGGCAUGCCAACUGUACUAGGCAUCUCACUCUGAUCUUACGAAGUGUGGAUAUUUUACUGUACAUAUAGUACUGAAUCAGUGAUAAUUACAAUGUUGAUCAUUCCAAUUACAACAUCAUGUCAUCACCCUUUUUUUGAACAUCUCAAAGGUUUAUCUUCUGUGGUAGAUAUUGUUAAAGAAAUUCUAGAGGUUUUACUACUUGACGGAAUAGACAACUCAAAAAGAAACUCCGCUCCACUGUGUUUGUACUGUGUAGUGGCUGUUGCUGCUGCAGUCCCAGAAGUGUCCACAGGGGGAGCCACAGCCCCACUCUACCCUAAAGCUCCAGUCUUACAAUGCAUUUGAACAGGAGAAAGACAAAGUUGCCUGUCUGUGUUAGCCUGGCUAGGCUGGGCUUAAUUACAAUAGAGCCUUAAGGUGGGUGAGUGCUAUUCCAAACGGCUGGGAAAUUACGCGCAGGCAGCCCAAGUAAUUGUGAUUCCGUGAUGAAUACCCUUUAAACCAGGCUGUGUGAGCAAUCGAGCACCAUUACCAAGUUGGAGGGAUGGAGGGGAGGGGGAGAGGUGGGAUCGGAGGAAGGGAGGGAGAAUGUGGCCACUAAUCGUGCAAGAUACUGCGUCAUCAGUUAGACCACAGACACUCAAACACGCACGCAUACAGUACACUUACUUUACCAGCACUAUAGACAAACAAAUAUACAUACUGUCAAUAUACUGUACACCCGCACAGGGGCGUCAUGCACCCAUUAUUUUAGAGGGGGCACAAAGUGCGUGGGGAUGGAAAAUGCUUUUUCCUGCAAUCUAGAGCCAUAAUAUUUUAUGCUGAAUUCCUUGUAAAGAAAUAUAUAUAUAGUUUUUGCAUAAGUUAUCUAAGCAUACCUCUUUAUCUGUUCAAUUGUCAUUUCAAUGAGGGUGUCAUUCUGACUGUUGUAAAUCACACAUCUCAAUAUACUGCAUUAACAUGCCUAUGAUAUUACAUCCAAAUGACAACACAGUACAUGGGAUCAUAACAUACAUCAUCAACACAGGCACAUAUCAGGGUAUCAUAAUUAAUCCAGAAAUAUCAUGAUAUUAUCAUAAGGCGCCCCAUUGACUUCUAAACCAAGUAUCUUUCUGCAUAUCUAAGCAUACCUCUUGAGCGGUCUGUAUCCUCUUGACUGGUGCUUUAAAAACAUUUUAAAAAAUGCUUCUCUGCUAAAAUCUGGGUAAAAGAGUGAAAGGAAUGUGAGUCUUAUUACUUUUAUAAUUGCUUGCUUUUCUAAAGUAUAGCAACAUUUUCAGCAGGCAUGCCAGCUACGAUAGAUAGACAAGCUACUCUAACUUGAUUGAUAGCCUGAAAUGGUUUGGUAGCUAGUUAUGAGGUUGGGAGAUAGGUUCCCAGUCUAGCUGGCUAGCUAAAGCCAACUUCAUAAAAUUGCUAGGUGGCUAGUAUUACAGAGAAACAGCAAAAAAAAAAUGGUUUUAUUUAUUCAUCAAGAAGGAAUCAGUAGGCUGCAUAGCUUGAUCAAAUUAAGUUACACACAUACCUCCUGUGAAUCCUACCCAUCACCGGCAGCUAAAAUCAAAUCAAACGCUGUGUCUCUUUGCUCCGUUGUGCACUUUGGAAGGAACUACUUACUAGGGAGAAUUGGGGGGGUACCUUUUGCCUGGUCUAGUGUGCCCCCUCAAAGAUACCACUGACAGAUGUUUUUAUAAAUAAUUAUGAUAAAACGUGGGCUUAAAAAUGAAUUUUAGUAAUUAAUUUAACAUCGGACAUUUUUUAAAACAGGGCAAAUGGGACAUGCCCUUGUGGCCCCUAUGGGCAUGACACCUCUGCACACGCAAAUGGACAUGGCACUGUCCACACACAUGGUCAAGUACUCUUAAACAAUCCAUAUUUUCCAAGCACAUCAACACACUUAAAUAAUUCAUACGGUCUAGUGACUCAAACACACACACACACACACAUACAUUAACUGGCCAGGUGACCCCAAUGUCUACCGACAUGCAGACAGCCCAGCUUGGCUGUUUGGCACACUGGCUAGCCUGGUUAGUUUCCUGUUAACCUGGGGUCUAAACAGUGGCAUGGCAGUCUGCAUGUCUCAGCCCUCUACUCUCUGGACUUAAAUAGAACCACUGAAGACCACUGCAUGGGAAAAGAGGAGGGAAGAAGGGAGGAAGUAGAGAGGGGAUGUGAGGCCACAGGGUACAAUGUGGUUUGAGAGGAGAAGGUGGUCCUCUGUAGCUCAGUUGGUAGAGCAUGCUGCUUGCAAUGCCAAGAUAUUGGGUUUGAUUCCUGGGACCACCCAUAUGUCAUUUUCUUUGGGAUAAAAGCCUCUGCUAAGUGGCAUGUACGAUUAUUUAUUCACUUAUUCAUUUAUAUGUGGACAAUAUAACUAAAAGUAAUAUUUGGUACUACUUCAUUACUACUGCGUGUUUAUUCGGGUUCAUAUUUUUACAACGAUAUGCCUGCGUGCUGUGCAGAGUCACAGGAGGGCAAGUGUGUAGUGUGUAGUGUGUUUGUUGUGCGUGCAAUGUUUGUAUUUGUAUGCGAGCAUUUGUGUGUGAGGGAAGUGCCCUUGAGUGCGGAUGUGUGUUUUGUUUGUGCAUGUGUGAAAAAUCACUGGCGGUACAGAGGGGUUGGAGGGGGGUUCUGUGUGUGUGUGUGUGUGUGUGUGUGUGUGUGUGUGUGUGUGUGUGUGUGUGUGUGUGUGUGUGUGUGUGUGUGUGUGUGUGUGUGUGUGUGUGUGUGUGUGUGUGUGUGUGUGUGUGUGUGUGUGGGAGACGCAGGUGAUGACAUUAGUGCAUUUCCUCAUGGCAGCAGCACACAGCGAGCGGCAGGGCUGCAGCACCUGACAGAUCGCGUGUGCUGGAGUGAGCAUUCGACCUCGCCACGGCCUCCCCUACGCCCAACCCCCCCGCGAGGGCACAGGGGGCUAAUGCACUCCGCCUCGCCGGAGGGGCUCAGGAGGGGAGGGGGGGGGGGGCAGCGUGUAUGUUUGUUCAUGAUAGUGGAUUGAGGGACUCUGUUGUGCUUACAGUAUCACGCACAUCUGAAUCGUUUGGCGAGAUGGCACAGUCAGUCAGAUGACGAACAGGGACUAUCUGGUCCUUUUACCCUUCCCCCGACACACAGGCACACACACAAACCACUGACAUCCACACACACACACACACACACUGACAUCCAAAACAAACAAACAAACACCAUCCUUCCUGUGAUAGCACCCAGAGGGCAUCAGGAGACUGCUCUGUCAACAACAAAUCUACCGACACAACAAAACCAUACCAACAUGUAUUAUGUAAGCCAGUCUCCACAGACCAUUGAGACACAUUGUACAGAGAUGUUUUUUAUUUUUUGAAACAGAGAUUGAAGCAAAUGCUGGGUAGUACAGUCUUUUAGAGGGAGUAUACAGUGAAAAGCACAGAGCCAUAUUGUAUGUGUCACUCCUUCUGAGCAUUCUAAAACCAGAGACACCCAGAGAGCGGUCCCCAAGGACACGAGCUGUCACACACAACAUAAGCCAUCACACAACAUAAGCCAUCACACACCACACAGCAAACACACACACACACACACACACACACACACACACACACACACACUCCCCCCUUUCUCUCUGUCUCACACAUGAAUAUCACAAACAUACAGAUAUAGGCACACACACUCUCUGUCAUGCACCCACACAUACACUGCCCCAUUUUUUUUUAUUUUUCUUGCACCAGUACCUCCCAGUGUUACUACUACCACAGAGUGAGCCCUCAGUGGACUCAGUGAACACCCAUGCAAGUGUGUCUUAUUCCAAGUGUCUGUCACUCUGCCUUCAGUUCUUCAAGUUCUUUAUUCCUUUAUUAAUGUAAUCCUAACUGGAUUGAUGCCAUACCAGGGUCAAUUACAUGUGAAAAUACUUGAGCUGAGCUUGAUUUAGUUUGCCCUGUACAAUGGAACCAAUGGAAUAGUCCCAAAAGUACAAACUCCAAGAUAAAGAUUCAGUAAGUCAUAUCAGAAGCUAGCAGAUUCAUGACUUACCAACAACAGCUGCAAAUUCCAAUAAAACGACAUCACGUUUUGAAGUUCACUUUCCUUGCUUUGUCUAACACUAUCAUGAAACUAGCCAAUUCCUUUUUUUGGGUCAGUGUGCGGUAUUUUAGUUUCAUAGCACAAACGUUUGUUAGCACAUUUCUUACACUGGCUUUAUCAAGAGAGUGAGCAGGCCUGUUCAGGGGGGUUGCCGAGCAACACGUGCCUUGGAGGAAGACAACGUUCUGCAUAGCGCAACAAAUUCCCAUGAUUUGUGAAUCUGUUCGGACCGAACAGCUAGGUUGACAGCUAAAAUGGCUUUGAAAAAAUUAGAUUUCAGCUAAUAAGGAGAAGUAUCUCACAAAAUAACUACAUUAUGGCAUUCACUAACCAUAAACUAAACAAGUUAUAUAUAUACACUGCUCAAAAAAAUUAAGGGAACACUUAAACAACACAAUGUAACUCCAAGUCAAUCACACUUCUGUAAAAUCAAACUGUCCACUUAGGAAGCAACACUGAUUGACAAUAAAUUUCACAUGCUGUUGUGCAAAUGGAAUAGACAACAGGUGGAAAUUAUAGGCAAUUAGCAAGACACCCCCAAUAAAGGACUGGUUUUGCAGGUGGUGACCACAGACCACUUCUCAGUUCCUAUGCUUCCUGGCUGAUGUUUUGGUCACUUUUGAAUGCUGGUGGUGCUUUCACUCUAGUGGUAGCAUGAGAUGGAGUCUACAACCCACACAGGUGGCUCAGGUAGUGCAGCUCAUCCAGGAUGGCACAUCAAUGCGAGCUGUGGCAAGAAGGUUUGCUGUGUCUCUCAGCGUAGUGUCCAGAGCAUGGAGGCGCUACCAGGAGACAGGCCAGUACAUCAGGAGACGUGGAGGAGGCCGUAGGAGGGCAACAACCCAGCAGCAGGACUGCUACCUCCGCCUCUGUGCAAGGAGGAGUAGGAGGAGCACUGCCAGAGCCCUGCAAAAUGACCUCCAGCAGGCCACAAAUGUGCAUGUGUCUGCUCAAACGGUCAGAAACAGACUCCAUGAGGGUGGUAUGAGGGCCCGACGUCCACAGGUGGGGGUUGUGCUUACAGCCCAACACCGUGCAGGACGUUUGGCAUUUGCCAGAGAACACCAAGAUUGGCAAAUUCGCCACUGGCGCCCUGUGCUCUUCACAGAUGAAAGCAGGUUCACACUGAGCACAUGUGACAGACGUGACAGAGUCUGGAGACGCCGUGGAGAACGUUCUGCUGCCUGCAACAUCCUCCAGCAUGACCGUUUUGGCGGUGGGUCAGUCAUGGUGUGGGGUGGCAUUUCUUUGGGGGGCCGCACAGCCCUCCAUGUGCUCACCAGAGGUAGCCUGACUGCCAUUAGGUACCGAGAUGAGAUCCUCAGACCCCUUGUGAGACCAUAUGCUGGUGCGGUUGGCCCUGGGUUCCUCCUAAUGCAAGACAAUGCUAGACCUCAUGUGGCUGGAGUGUGUCAGCAGUUCCUGCAAGAGGAAGGCAUUGAUGCUAUGGACUGGCCCGCCCGUUCCCCAGACCUGAAUCCAAUUGAGCACAUCUGGGACAUCAUGUCUCGCUCCAUCCACCAACGCCACGAUGCACCACAGACUGUCCAGGAGUUGGCGGAUGCUGUAGUCCAGGUCUGGGAGGAGAUUCCUCAGGAGACCAUCCGCCACCUCAUCAGGAGCAUGACCAGGCGUUGUAGGGAGGUCAUACAGGCACGUGGAGGCCACACACACUACUGAGCCUCAUUUUGACUUGUUUUAAGGACAUUACAUCAAAGUUGGAUCAGCCUGUAGUGUGGUUUUCCACUUUAAUUUUGAGGGUGACUCCAAAUCCAGACCUCCAUGGGUUGAUAAAUUAGAUUUCCGUUGAUCAUUUUUGUGUGAUUUUGUUGUCAGCACAUUCAACUAUGUAAAGAAAAAAGUAUUUAAUAAGAUUAUUUCAUUCAUUCAGAUCUAGGAUGUGUUAUUUUAGUGUUCCCUUUAUUUUUUUGAGCAGUGUAUAAUAUAAAUUUGGGGACAAAACUCUAACUUACUCAACCUGUCAACGAAGUGCACGUCUUGACCCUAUGUUUGUUGUGUUGUCCCUCUACAGGUCCAUACAGAGUUUUUGGGGAACAUGGAGAACACCUCUGUGGAGGGUUUGAUACAGAAACUGGCUGAGAGUAAAGGAACGGGCAAAGAGAGA